UUGCCUGACAAUUCGAAGAUGUGCUGCUAAGUUGCUAACUGCUGUGGUGUCUAUUUAGUUGAGGACACCGCGCCCGGCAGUCGAAACAUUGUUGUUUAGUUCCAUUUGUGCGAAUCAGCCGCAGCAAAGAUGGUGUCAAUUGUGAGCCAAGUGGAGACUGGGCAUGAAGAUAUGAUUCAUGAUGCUCAGAUGGACUACUAUGGCACCAGGCUUGCAACUUGCUCAUCAGACAGAACCGUGCGUGUGUUUGAAGUAAGGAAGGGCGAGCAGUCGCUGGUGGCGUCCCUGAGAGAACAUGAGGGGCCAGUCUGGCAGGUGGCCUGGGCUCACCCUAUGUAUGGCCGCCUCCUGGCCUCCUGUGGCUAUGACCGGAAACUCAUCAUCUGGCAGGAGGACCAGAGUACCUGGCGCAGCAUCUACACCUACACAGAGCACACGUCAUCUAUCAACAGCGUGUGUUGGGCGCCACACGAGCUCGGCCUGAUGCUGGCGUGCGCGUCGAGCGACGGCUCGGUCUCGGUGCUCACCUACACCGCCGCCCACACCUGGCAUGCCGUCAAGAUCACCAACGCUCACAAUGUUGGCUGCAAUGCCGUCAGUUGGGCGCCAGCCGUCUCGAGCGGCGGACUGACGCAGCAGCGCCUCGUCACGGGAGGCUGCGACUCGUACGUUAAAAUUUGGCGCUACGAGAGCGGCGAGUGGGUCGAGGAGGCGAAGCUCGAGGGACACUCGGACUGGGUUAGGGACGUCGCCUGGGCGCCAUCUUGUGGCCUCGGAACGUCUGUUAUUGCGUCGUGUUCGCAGGACUGCCGCGUGCUCAUCUGGACAGGCGACAACGGUCAGUUCCGCUCCAAAGAGCUGCCGAGUUUUGCGGACGUCAUCUGGCAUGUCAGCUGGUCGGUCACCGGCAACAUUCUCGCCGUGUCGGGCGGCGACAACAGGGUGAGCCUCUGGAAAGAGAACACAGAAGGCCAAUGGGUUUGCCUCAGCGACUCCAGCAAGGCUGCGGAGGCCGCGGCCAUCACUGCGUCCGCUGCUGCAGGAGAACAGCAAAUGCGACCACAAACCGUGCAUUGAUCCAGCCCUCAACAUGGCAUAAUGAACACCCUUUGCGUGUAUUGAAUACAGGAUGAAUGCAGAACUCUUUUGUUGCACGAAUGCACUGUGCCGAAAAUUGAGGUAAAGCUGUUUUACUUCUGUAAGGUUUAUCCUAUAUUGAGUUAUAUAAUAAAUAUUUCAUACCUAACA